AUGAAUCUGAUAGUACUCAGUAUUCUACUUAUCACGCUAUUCCAGCAGCAAUAUUUCGCCCAAGUAGCACCUCCUAACGAUCUUUUCUAUGAAUUCAUGAAUCCGUAUAUGAAUUCAUUAAGAUCACCAGAUGUCAACAUUUUAUCAUCAUAUGCAGAUGAAAGAUCAUGGAAGCGAGCGCUGGGACCACGUCCUUUAAGAUUUGGAUGA